UAAAUAAAUAAAUAAAAGUCAUGAGACAACUCAUAGGCACUAAAUGCUGAGUGGCACAGACAGAAAGUGCUAUCAGAGUUCAGAACAGGGAGAGGUCAGUAUGGAUUGUGGUCUUAGGUGGGUAUCAGAGAACACUUCAUGGAGGAGGUAAGACUCUGCUGCUGGCCUUGAAGGAUGGUAGACAGGGUAGGGGGUGAAAGUCUAGGCUGCAGGGCAGGGCAAGAGAGUACAAAGCUGCAGUAAAUCACAUUUGGGCUUAAGCUGGGAGUUUACAUAAAGGAUGGCUCUAAUUAGUAUGCAGUCGUUUAUGGAAGAACUUGUACCCUCAGCUAAGGAAUAUGGAUUUUGUUAGAGGUGGUGGUUCUCACAUGGAAACUGCAUUUUCCUGUAGUCAAUUUCUGUGGGGAUCUUAUCCUUAUCCAUUCUUCUAUCCACUGCUCCCCCGAUUGGGAUGGGGGGUGUGCACCCCCCUCCUGUAGCCCUGUGCUGUUGGGGAAGGCAGAAUCCCUUUGCAUCUUGGGGACGAAUGCAAUGCUGAAUACUGAUCAUAUGACCCCUGCUUUGCCUCACAGCAGGGAGCCCAGGAACAAGAGCAGCUGUGCUAUUGUCUGGAGCGCAAUUGCCAGUGUUUGUCUGCUGAGGCCAGGGGUGACCCUUGCCAGCGUCGUAGAUAAGCCGGCUCCCAGCUGUCAUGGGUACAUUCUCAAUCAUUCCUCAUCCUAUGGAUUCUGACUCUCUCCCGCUUCCCAAGAAUGAUGGAAGUUUUUCAUUUUCCCCCGUGCCUGCUUUGUGAAAGUGUGUCUGGCUCUGCCCACAAAAAUGAAGGAUGACCGACCUCAGAGUAUCCAAAUAAAAUGAGAUUUGUAUUUUCUGUGAAGUGUUAAGAAACAGUUUGCUAGAAAAUAGUAUGAGCAAUAUAUUGUUGCCUCUGAGGCUCACAUGAGGAGAUUGAGGCUCAUCGGUGUGUAAUGACUCACAGGAGGUGGCACAGACAGGAAUUGGUCAGGCGGAAACUAGAAACCAGGGACCCUCUGAACUUGAGCAUAUUCCUGUUGGGUUUGAACAGGAGCAUUCUACAGAAGGGGCUUCACUGUCAGGGUAGUUUUAGCAGAGGUUUGCCUGAUAAGAACAUGACUUUCUCGAAUGGCAGUGUAUAUCUUAGGUUAAGCUCUUACAGAAACACUGCACUGAAGGGCACUUCCACACAUUGAGAGUCCCAAGACUGUUCAGCCACUGUGCACAGGGCAAGUCACUUGCCAUGUAGAACUGGAACCCAGAUCUCCUGCUUCUCAGCCCAGAGAGCUGUGCCUCCUAGCCGGCCUUAUGGCAUAAGUGAUCUCUACAGAACACCCAACAGAAGCCACCUGACAGUGUCCCUUGUAGAUAGUGCUGUAGGCUGGGGCACUGGGAAGCUUUGAGGUGGUCUAUGGGACUCAGGGGGUGUUUGCCAUGUGACACCAUGUGGCCUUUGGGUGCAUGAGGGCUGUAGGUGUUCACAGGAUAUGCUAGAGCAUACCAGGAUUGCUGGAAACUUGGACAGCACAUGACUCUAGUCAGACUGACUCUAGACUCUAGAUUGUCCUCACUGCAGUAUGGCCAUGGUACCAUUGCUUAGUUUCUCACUCCAAGGCAGCACUGGCCUAGAACCUCUGUAACAUGCCCUUACAUCUGAUAGUCAAGGUCAGCUUGACUCAUUUAGGGCAGUAGUAUUUGCCGAAAUUCAAAUAGAUGCCAAAUACCGCACUGGUCACUUUAAAUGCUAGGCACCCCUAAUGACCCUGGAAUAAACCUGUUAUUCUCAUUUUGCAGAUAAGGCAACUAAGGCUCAGCUCCAAACACCAGAGACUGAGGUUCAUGAUUUCUGGGCUUGAGACCCCAGGCUCUUUCCACAGCACCAUCCUCCACUAAUGCUUACUAAAGCUUUUGGGAUACCCGCUUACCAUCCAGCUACAGAUGAAAUUUAGAAGUAUCGCAGGGUACCACCAUCUUAAGGACAGAAAAGCUACAGGACUUUAGGAGGCCACCGUCCUGAUUUGGGAAGCCCAACUUCCUUUGGCCAGACAGCAGCUAAGCUGAUUCAUCCCAUCAGCCUGGAUUGGUGAAACUGAAUCACAGGAGAUAUUUCCAGGACUCCAUGGCCUGGUGCUAUCAAGGCUUCCUGAGGAAGUUGCAUCGAUAAAUGCUGUGGUUAAGAGUCCAGGCUCUGGAGCUAGACUGCCUAGAUUGGAAUCCUCUUCAGCCCCCUACCGGCUGAUGCUCUUGGGCAAGUUAUCAAACCUCUUCAUAGGACAAUUUCCUCAUCUCUAAAAUGAGAAGACUAAUAGCACCAACCUUGUAAGGGUUCUGUGAUCUCUACAUGAGUUAAUACAGGUUUGCUGGGAUGGGAAACCUGCUCAAAGUCCUUACCAGGGAAAUUGAAAACUAUCCACACUUUUUCCUGGAUUUUGAAAAUGCUCAGCCUACAGAAGGAGAGAGAGAAAUCUGGAACCAGAUCAGCGCCGUCCUUCAGGAUUCUGAGAGCAUCCUUGCAGACCUGCAGGCUUACAAAGGCGCAGGCCCAGAGAUCCGAGACGCAAUUCAAAAUCCCAAUGACAUUCAGCUUCAAGAAAAAGCUUGGAAUGCAGUGUGCCCUCUCGUUGUGAGGCUAAAGAGAUUUUACGAGUUUUCCAUUAGACUAGAAAAAGCUCUUCAGAGUUUAUUGGAAUCUCUGACUUGUCCACCCUACACACCAACCCAACACCUGGAAAGGGAGCAGGCCCUGGCAAAGGAGUUUGCCGAAAUUUUACAUUUUACCCUUCGAUUCGAUGAGCUGAAGAUGAGGAACCCGGCUAUUCAGAAUGACUUCAGCUACUACAGAAGAACCAUCAGUCGCAACCGCAUCAACAACAUGCACCUAGACAUUGAGAAUGAAGUCAAUAAUGAAAUGGCCAAUAGAAUGUCCCUCUUCUAUGCAGAAGCCACACCAAUGCUGAAAACCCUUAGCAAUGCCACGAUGCACUUUGUCUCGGAAAACAAAACCCUGCCAAUAGAGAACACCACAGACUGUCUCAGCACAAUGACAAGUGUCUGUAAAGUCAUGCUGGAAACUCCGGAGUACAGAAGUAGGUUUACGAGUGAAGAGACCCUGAUGUUCUGCAUGAGGGUGAUGGUGGGAGUCAUCAUCCUCUAUGACCAUGUCCACCCUGUGGGAGCUUUCUGCAAGACGUCCAAGAUCGAUAUGAAAGGCUGCAUAAAAGUUUUGAAGGAGCAGGCCCCAGACAGUGUGGAGGGGCUGCUAAAUGCCCUCAGGUUCACUACAAAGCACUUGAAUGAUGAAUCGACUUCCAAACAGAUUCGAGCAAUGCUUCAGUAGAGCUCUGCUCAAAGAAGAGGAUCUAUGUGCUGACCUCAGAAGAUGUAUAUGUUUACAUAAUUUAAUACAGAUUGAUGUUAAUACUUGUGUAUUUACAUAACCGUUUCCUUCUUGUCAUUGAAAUAUAUGGACCUUAAUUUGUAUCCUAACUGACUCAACCCAGCAGAGCAUAAAUUGACUUGAGAGCCUUACCUUUGAUGUCUGAAAUGAAACCCCCUUCUCCAAAGGCAAAAUUCAGAGACUUUGAUCUUUGCUACUGGAGUCCUUUAACAACACCUGUAAUGAUAAAAAAUUCCUAAUUGUUUGUGGUAGUAUUUUAAUUCUAGACGUGUUAUCUCUCUGGGACGUAUAGUUUGUAGAAACACAAAAUAUUUGAUUUCCUGUGUCGGCUCAGCUACAAGAAACACAACUGUUAUCUUGACAGAGGAAGAGGGGAAUCCAAGAAAAAUGCAUGUGGAGAAUUAAACCCAAGUGUUCUGAAUUCAGCACACCCCUUCUCUGUCCUCAGACUGGAGUCCACACGUGCAACUUUUCUGUUUGCACGUGUUUUAUUAAUCAGCAUAUUCCUUUUCUGUUUGGACUUAUAUCCCUCUAAUGUUCUCCUUUAAUGUUCUCCUUUAAUUUCACAAGAAAAAAAACUCCUGUAUUUUAAUCAGUUAGUAGGAGAGCAGCAGAAAUAGAUAGAUGUGCUGUUGCCACUGGACUGAUGAAGGUGGCUGUCUUGGAACUGGGAGACAGGUCCACAGAGGUGCACUCAGGCAACGGGACAGCCAUCUCUCUGCUUCAGCCCUCUGCCUAUAGGGAUUAGGGAAAUGGAGCUCUGGCUUUGAAGUUAUUUGUGAGUUUAGCAACUUCCAGUUACCUGCAGAGUGCUGGGUGCACAGCACCCCCUCAUAGGAGCCCUGUUCUCUGAAGACCCUACAAGAAAAAAGGUCUAGGGUACUCCGUUAGCUACCAGAAUGGUAUAGGGGAAUUUAGAGGGGGAAAAAAUCCAUGUUUUCUGUUUCCCAGGUUUUUAAAAAGUAGCUUUUCCCCAACCCCGUUGCUAGCUUGUUGAAAUGUGAAAGCUCUGGUGCACCUGAAUUUACUCCUGGCCUUACUAAUGAUUCAUAGUGUGAUCUUGGGAAACGUUUUUAAGCUUUCUGAGUCUUAACCUCCUUGUCUCUGAAAUGGGCAAUUAAAACAAUCUUCAAGAGGCCUGUAAGGUUAAUGCCAAUAAAACGACUGACUCUGCCCUUCUUCCUUAGGAAGUAGUAUCCAGCAAGCAUUGUCCCACCUUGUCUUGUUGAUGAACAAUAUUAUAAAACCUGCAGUCAUUCUGUCUGUAGAUCAGAGCUUAGUUCGAAUGGAACCAUGAAAAUCUUUGAUUCUGACCUCCUAAGGAAAAUGAAACCCAGAGGGUGUGGUCAUACUGGAUGGCUCCUAUGCGGGCCUAGAACCCAGGAUGCUUCACUCUUGACUCCAUGGUCUUCCUUUUAUACCAUAUGGCUGUGAAUACAUACUAUGGGAUGGGAUUCAACCUUUCUAAGUAAAUCCUCAGUCUGGUCUGUAUUGUUACUUGCCUGUUUCCAGUAGAAGGAGCCAGCCAGACGUUUAGUGAAUGAUAAUCCUAGAAGUUGAGUCUGAAUACAUCAGAGUUUGGCAUUAUUUGCAAUAUCCCAGGAAGGAGCUGUAAGACACCAUUGCUUUCUGGACUUUAGUGACCAGCUGAUCUACCCUUGGAUCCUCCAAGAAAAGGGAAAAAACACUUGUCUUAUGUUGUUUUAGCAAGGGAGUUCAGUCAAGUGGCAGGAAAGAUUCCCUGGUCUGCAUCUAAACAUCAGUCCACAGAGAAGGAAAAGGCUCUUUUACUUGGAGAUUUUCAAGUUGAAGAAGUACAACUGCUUGGAUGGAGGGUCUGUCAUCAGAAUAGAAAUAUGCUAGAUGGUCUUCAAGACCUUUUUGAACCUAUGGAUUCUAAACCCUAGAGGAAGCCAGAAUAUGUGAUCAUACCAUCUGAGGAAAGUUAGGAGAUAUUCAUCUUAAGAGAUAUUCUAUUUGGCAGUCACUUGUUACACUUGAGCAACAAUUGUCUAGACUAGAAAGAUAGAACCACACAAUGUUUAUCAUCAUUGGGUCAAUUUCUCCCCCUCUAUCGACUGAGGAGAUUAAGGCUUGAAGAAAGGAAAGGACUUGCCAACCACCACAGGGCUCAUGAGGGACUUGGACCCAUGUCGUGUGUCUCUACCACAGCUGACUCUCAGCUGGCUAAAGGAGAAAAUGUGAGGAAUUACCUGUCAAAUUAGAUUGAGCUCAGAGUAAAUAGAUGAGCACAUUGAUAACUCUAAAUUAGACUUUCUACAAAUGGGACCAAACAUGUGGAAGGGGCUGCUGGCCUGCCUCAAUGUAGCCAGGCCACCUUGUCUCAAAGCCAAGACUCAGCAGUACAUGGAUUCUGAGAAGUCCAGGGUCUGAAUUGUCUCUGAUUACUGGAAGGACAGGUUAACUGAAUGUCUGUGAUCACUAACAGGUGAUGGGCUUUGUGCCCACUCCAGAGAUAUUGUGGGAGACAAAUUCUAACAGGCUGUCCUCCCGGCAUCAGGAGUCAUUGAACAAUCAUGGAUUGCUGUGUUUGAGUUUUUGUUUUGUUUUGUUUUUUGUUUUUUGCUUUGUUUUUGGUUUUUUGUGUGUAUGUGUGUGUGCUGCAUGCACAUGCGUCCAAGACUUAUGGGUGGUUUAGGGGAAAGUGCUAGCAACAGUGUCAAUGUCAUUGUUAACUAUAUUUCAUAUUUGAGGUCUCAUUGUUUUCAAAUAAACAGUGUUUUCCAUGACUGUGAUAUUUAUUUUUGGGAAAGCAACAAGGUAAAAAUUAUGUUUCUCAGAUGCACUGCUACUUUGGCGUUAUGACUCUGUUCUGAGAAACUCUUUGUGCACCACUAGGAAUUAGUAGUGAAAAAAAAAACUGGAAAUGGAUGUCUUCAAAUGUGCUAAUCAUUAGGGGUGGAGUAUUAACAACCAGAAAGAAAGGUUUGGAUAUUACCUUUUAACUACUAGUUAAUAUCAUGCUUGAUCAACAUUUGUUCCUAGUUAUCACCAUUAAAUUAAGACAUUAAUGGUAAACUGAGGUUACUGAUGCAUCAUCACAUUUAAGUAAAAAUAAUUUCAUGUUUUCCCCAAAGAAAAACUAAGCCUCCCAAUCUUGGGAUCCAAUUGUGCAGUAGAAUUCAGAGAUUUCUCAUUUAAUCUUGUAUCCUGUACAGCUACAAAUAUUUUUUAAAUGUUAGGAAUAAACAUUGGAAUUUUGUCUUAAAGAGUUCAAAACCUUGGAACCCAAUUUUCUCACUACAUCUGUAAGGGCCAUUACAGACCCAAAGCUGUUUUGAAGUUUUCAUAUGUUGUUUGCUGAAGUCGUUGUAACUUUUUGCCUGCUUUGCCUCUUUUUGUACAGGAGUUUUGAGUGUGAAAUGAAAAUUAAAGUUUGGUACCUAUAUUUAAAAA